AUGGCUUUCCAGCAGAAAAGAGAGAGCUUUGAGCGAGAGGAAGAGGAAGAGGAGGAGACCUUGUCUCUCUCUGAUUUCCCGGUGUGCUCUGGCAAGGAUGAUCGCACGUGCAAGCCCGGCGACAAUGCGGCAGAGGAGUUUGAGUUCCAAAUAUCAGCUGCCGGCGGACUCCUGGCCAGUGCGGCGGACAUAGAGAUGUGCGCGGCCGACGAAGUGUUCUUCCAGGGACAAAUUCUGCCUCUGCGGCCCUCUGUUAGCUCCGACAGCGGCUUUCUCAGUCACGGGGCGAGCCGGCGGUCGGAGUCCCUGGACCAAUACUACUCGUCGGGCAUCCUCGGGAUGGGGUUUCAGAGCACGAGCCGGAGCACCAGCAGCAGCAGCAGCCGGAGCAGCAGCAACGGCAGCGGGAUGGGCAGGAGCCAUUCGUCGAACAGUCACUGCAGCAAUUCGUCAAGUAACUUCUACGCGCGGCCGAGCCCGACGCCACGGAUCCGAACCCAAAGAAAAUUAAACGCAGGGCGCAAGAGCGCGAGCUCCGCCCCGCCGGGAUGGGGAAUAUUCCGGCUCGGGAUCGCCAAAGCCCCUGAGAUCGAACUGCACGACAUAAUGUCUCGGAGGCCGAGCAACGGCGCGCGAGGCAGCGGCGUCACUGCCCGGAAGAGCCACGCGGAGGCACCAGACCACUCGAAGAAGGAAAAAUCCAGCCACAGCAAAAACGAUGAGGCUCGUGGUGCGAAGGCGGUCCAGAAGAAGCCCGCAGCCGGACGCGGCCUGAUCUGCAGGUGCUCGCCUGAAGCGGUGGAGCCGGUCGCCGUGCUGCCGAGGAAGAAGAAGGAGGCGGAGACACGCCAAAAAGCGUCAGCAUUGAAUGGCCGGGGCGAUCAACUGCGAAGGCAGCAGCAGCAAGGCGCUAAUCAUCAGGAACACGCAUCUUUUUGA